GGUUAGACUCAGGUAUUUCUCACCCUGUCGAGGAGAAGAGGGAGCGGAGCCCGUGGCUGCCUGAGAACCUUAGGGAUCCCUGAAAGAGAGAGCGGGAGGGAGAGAAAGAGAGGCAAGGGUCCAGCGCCUUGAGUGCGGAGUGAGAAUGCUGUAAGGAGCACAGUUCAGCGAGGAAAUAAACAGGACUUUUCCAUCUUUAUUUUAAAAAAGACAGUGGACUAUCCGAUCCCCGAUACGUAGGGUGAGGGUCUGAGUGGAUUGUACAGAACCAAACAGACAUAACCAGCACCAUGGGAGCCCCCAGGGUGAAGGUAAGCGAGGAGAGCAGGCAUCGUGUUCUAAGAGUGUGUCUGAGAUGUUGCUAUGCCAGGUUCUGGAUGUGAACACUGUGUUUGGUCCGAUUGUGGAGUGUGGUUCUUGGGCCUAGGUUCCCCAGGUGGUGUACUCGGUGAUGCUGGAUUGAGGAACCUAAUCUAACUAUUGGUUGUGUAAUGAUGUGGUAAUGAGGGUUUAUUUUUGGUACUGUGUGAGAGUGUAUUUGACUUGGACUGAUUUAGCUGGUGUGUAGUGAGCAUAAAGAAACCUAAAUAUACAUUGGUGUUUAAAUGAAAUACUAUGUGACCUAUUUGCAGGAUGAUUAGCCUAGCGGUUCACAUGCAUCCCCCAACAGUGUUUGAGUUCCCUCUGAAUUAAGGGUAGUUAGGAGGUAAUUACUUUAUUUUGUAUGUUUCUCAGGAAUGUGCCGAUUUGACUUUAUUGACCCUACAGAGUACUCCACUGUACACAACAGCAAGUCAAAUGACAAGGCUUGAAACAUUGUACUUCAUAACUUUGAGAGGUGAUUUUGUUAUUUGACAGUUUGGGUAAAUGUUUUUUUUUUGUUAACAGUAGCUAAAUAUAAAUGAACAAUAUCAAAUUUGCGUCAAUCAAGAAGUCCAGGAUCUCCGUUUACACUGGGUACAGAUUGAAGCAGUUGCAUUUCUUUUUGCAGCUUUCCUUUGCAGAUAGUGUAUUACUAUUCAAUGAAUAGUGAUUAUAUUGGAGAAUAAGUCUAAGUAAUGAAGAGAUACAAUAAAGCUUUUUCAUGACUACUGACCGUUUCAAUGGAAGGAUUAGGGUUAGUGGAGGUGAGCAGUCUGUAUCCCACACUGCACCUCAGUGUCCCAGGGGGCCUGGAGGUUGGUGAUGAUCACCAAUUUACACCACCAGGCAGACAUAUGGUGUCAACUCUAUGUUGCAAAGCAUUCUGGGUACUUGACCAGGUAACGUAUGGAAUACUACAGAUCAAUUGGUUUAUUUUCAACAGAUAGUCCAAAUUGUCUGCCUUAUCAUUGAGCACCAUUUGUCAUGUGAACACUGAUGUUUAUUUAUUGCCCAUUGUCUGCACAAGUGUUUAAUUGAUGAUGUCCUUUUUGGAGUUUUGAAUAAAAAGCUGGAAAUGGCAUUGAUGAAAAGUGGUGGACUCAUGGUGGACAGACAGCUGCUUGACAUCACACCAAACAGAAAAAAGGCCUUUUACCAUCUGAGGAGUGGGAUGAAGAGACAGCCUUUAGAGGACAGAGAAAUUGGCCUGGAAUGUGAGAAGGGCCUGAGAACUGCUGUGGCUCACUCUGUGGUUUUAUCCUAACAAAGAGCUUUUUGAGCCUGUAUUUCUCUAUCUUGUUCAAGACGCAGAUUAGCUCUUGCCUAAAUCUACAGAGCAUUAUACAGCCCUAUCACCUGGAUGGCUGAUCCCUGCAGAAUCUCUUCCCACAUGUCUCAUGUCAUGUGACUUCACUGUGGCAUCCAAUAGGCUGCAGUUAAUACAAGGAUGUGACUUCAGUUUAUUGACCCAUUUUCACUCUGGAAAAUAUAUAGAUGCUACACUAUUUUUGGACAUGAUUUAGCCAUAUGGCUCAAAACCAUUUGGCCACAUGGUUGUUUCCUGUAAAGUCAGGCACACAUAGAGGAGACAAUUUGUCAAAAAACAUCUGUGGCCAACUAUCACCCAUUUAGUCCCCAUGGUGUGUGGUUGAACAUUAUUGUAGCACAGGAGGUUUGUGGCACCUUAAUUGGGGAGGACGCACUCGUGGUAAUGGCUGGCGCCGAAUGAGUGAAAUGGUAUCAAAUACAUCAAACAUGGUUUCCAGGCGUUUGAUGCCAUUUAAUUUGCUCCGUUCCAGACAUUAUUAUGAGCCGUCCUCCCCUCAGCAGCCUCCUGUGGACUGUAGGUAGGCCUACUCUUUCCAAUUUCGAUAAGUAGAAUCUUGGAUAGCAGUCGGUGAUGACUUUCCACCUGACUGAUCAGAGCAUAACUUUCCCCAUUGGAGAUGUAGGCUGAAGAAAUGUAGGCUACGUGACAUGUUCCAGUAUGUCUUUUAACAAAGAUUCACCAAAGAUUCUGGCCAACUACCCAACCACAAAUCAUCUUUGGUCAUCUCCCCUAUAGCAUAUAGCCUUUUCUAGUGAUGGUCUGAUAGGCUACCAUGCAGACCAAUUUUUAUUUCAACAACCCCAAGCAACAACUCCACAAAUUGUUGCUUUCUGUGAGUUCCUUUUGGAGUAGGAUACUCAAGCUUGCUGCUUGUCAUACCGUAGAUACAGUUAUAUGAAAAUAAAGUUAGAAUUUUUCUGAUUGAGCAGAUUAGUCAUAGGCCUAAUAGGCAGGCCUACAUUUAGUCAUUGAGCUCAGGUGCAUCCUGUUUCCAUUGAUCAUCCUUGAGAUGUUUCUACGACUUGAUUGGAGUCCACCUGUGGUAAAUUCAAUUGAUUGGACAUGAUUUGGAAACACACACACCUGUCUAUAUAAGGUCCCACAGUUGACAGUGCAUGUCAGAGGAAAUACCAAGCCAUGAUGUCGAAGGAAUUGUCCUAGAGCGCCGAGACAGGAUUGUGUUGAGGCACAGAUCUGGGGACCAAAAAAUGUCUGCAGCAUUGAAGGUCCCCUAGAACACAGUGGCCUCCAUCAUUCUUAAAUGGAAGAAGUUUGGAACCACCGGACAAACUGAGCAAUCGGGGGAGAAGGGCCUUGGUCAGGGAGGUGACCAAGAACCCGAUGGUCACUCUGACAGACCUCCAGAGUUCCUCUGUGGAGAUGGGAGAAGCUUCCAGAAGAACAACCAUCUCUACAGCACUCCACCAAUCAGGCCUUUAUGGUAGAGGGGCCAGACGGAAGCCACUCCUCAGUAAAAGGCACAUGACAGCCCGCUUGGAGUUUGCCAAAAGGCACCUAAAGACUCUAAGACCAUGAGAAACAAGAUUCUCUCGUCUGAUGAAACCAAGAUUGAACUCUUUGGCCUGAAUGCCAAGCAUCCUGUCUGAAGGAAACCUGGCACCAUCCCUAUGGUGAAGCAUGGUGGUGGUAGCAUCAUGCUGUGGGGAUGUUUUUCAGCAGCAGGGUUGAGGGAAAGAUGAACGGAGCAAAGUACAGAGAAAUCCUUGAUGAAAACAAGGUGACAAGUCUCUGAAUGUCCUUGAGUGGCCCAGCCAGAGCCCGGACUUGAACCGGAUCGAAUAUCUCUGGAGAAACCUGACAAUAGCUGUGCAGCGACGCUCCCCAUCCAACCUUACAGAGCUUGAACAGAUCUACAGAGAAGAAUGGGAUGAACUACCCAAAUAUAGGUGUGCCAAGCUUGUAGGGUCAUACCCAAGAAGACUCAAGGCUGAAAUAGCUGCCAAAGGUGCUUCAACAAAGUAUUGAGUAAAGGGUCUGAAUACUUAUGUAAAUGUAAUAUUUCAGUUUUUGCUUUGUCAUUAUGAGGUAUUGUGUGUAGCUUGAUUGAUGAGGAAAAAACUAUUUAAUCCAUUUUAGAAUAAGGCUGUAAUGUAACAACAUUUGGAAAAAAUCAAGGGACCUGAAUACUUUCCGAAUGCACUGUAUGCAGUGGCGAUUUCAGCAUGUAACUCUUGGUGUUUUAUACAUGCCAGCAAAGCCACUACACAACACAACACUAAACAUGAAUUGCACUAUAACGGUGACAAACGGUGCCCACAAACUGUUAGGGCCUACAUAAAGCUGUCCAAACAGCAGUCCCAUCACCUUACCACUGCUACACCUGGUUAUCAGCGGAGCCUUGUCUGACAGCGAAUCAGUUAAUUCAGCCUCAUUUACUGCAUGAAAAAGAAACAUAGCUGAUAUGGCUGACUUGCUUAAACAAAUGUGGUUUCUACUGACAAUUGAGAUGUACAAACUAUGGCAUAAGGGGAUGACGAGCGGAUAAGAAGCUAUCCGUAAUUUCGAUUAAGACAAUGAGCGAGCUAGGACGGACAUAGUCAACAUAACUAUUUGUUCAGCACUUUUGAAAUGUACAGCGACAGAAUUCAGAACAUGGGCUAUUCUUACAGUAUUCUCCCUGAACACCAAGUCAGAACUGUAGGAUAAAUAAAGGGGACAUAUAAGCAGACAUUGAAAGCUCUUACAAUAUUUGAUGAUUACAUUUCUUACUACACAACAUACACUUAGUAUUAUUACUUUCUUAGCUACAGUAUACAUAUCUCCUUGGCAUAUUACAUCAUUUAUGCAGCAGCAUACAAGACAUUUUUGGACUCACCUUGUUGUGCUGUGCUCACUUGAACAGGACGAUGGCGCAGCGGUCCUUUGUGGGCUAAUUUUGUCAUCAAACUUUGUCAUCAAAGUCUGGCAUUCUCUGGAUUUAUGGUGCUUUCAAGACAACUGGGAACUCUGAAAAAAAAACAAGGUUGAAUCAUGAUGACGUCAGUGAUCUUCAGGUCGGAGCUCUGGAAAGAGGCCCGGUUUCCCGACUUGCAAUUCCGAGUUGGCUGACCGUUCAAAAUGUAUUUUCCCAGUCGGAGCUCGUUGUUUUCAGAGUUCCCAGUUGUCUUUAACUCACUGAAGUCAGAUUUCCCAGUUCUGAGUUUCCAGUUGUGCUGGAUUGACAGCAUGGCCAAUGUUGAAUGUUUAUCCGUUUAAGCUUGGAAAAGAGACCCUUAAACCCAGACUUGGGACCACACACCCACUCCACUGAAUAGCAGGCUAGUGAUUGCUUUGCAAUGCUUGCAGUUAGCCACUGAUUCCUUCCAAACCACUCAUUGUUGAAUUUGCGAUUUCCAACUUGUUGUGUAAUGUUGAUGGCCAAUGGCCGAUGAGCACCGAUACAUACGUUUUAUCUAUAAUUAUCUCUUCAUUAUUUCUCUUCAUAUGACAAGGAUUAAAAUGCAUUUGCCAGUAGAUUGUCGUCUUGAUUCAUGAUGAUGACUUCUAGCUUGCUAGCUAAGAUUUUGAAAGUAUGAUAUUGACAUGAUCAGUCCAAUCAAAGCUACUGUAUAUAUAACAUGAUUUGACAUAAUUUAAUCUGUGGCCACUGACCUUGAGCCUUCUUGGAUGGGCACUUCUAAUGUAAGUCUAUGGCAGCACCAAAGGGGCUUGAAUUGUUUAGCUCUACCCUUAGAUUUGGCGGUGACGUAGUGUCCCCCGUAGUGACAGAACAAUGAGCCAAUCACGAUGCAACUAGAGAACAUUACCCAAUCCCGGUGCAACUAGAGAACAUUACCAACCCCUACGCUCUGUAUUUUCCGCUGGCUGCCCCACCACCACAGAAAGCACUGAGCUAGGCUGAAACACCUGCCUCAAGAAAGCAAAAAAGAGACCAAAUUUGUAUGCGGCUUUAUUAACUCAAUGAAUUUUAUAUUUAUUUUUUUACAUUGUUAGCAAACUGAAAUGUGACACGUAUUAAUGUCAAAAUAACAUGCAGAACAGGCAACUUAUUUUUGCUAAAAAGGUGGGACAGGUCGCCACUGACUGUAUGUCUGAAACUUGAAAAGGGCCAUGAUAAUCGGGAAUAAACAUUUUCUUAGUGAGCCAUUAGCCUUCAGUAGCCGAGACAUCUAGUCACCAAAUGUUUUGUCCUCAAAACAGUUAUUAAUUUAAGAAGGAGUUAAAAGUGUAACGAAAUAAGAGUGCAUGCAGGCUAUACUUUGAGCAGUGAGGUCUUCCACCUUCCAACAAAGGUAGGUCUUCCAAACAUUGUAUUUUGUUUAUCGUGAUAGCAGCGAAGAAAUAGGCUAAAGCCUACAUGGUCGUUUUAACCUUGCUUUAUUUUCCCGCCUUUUCCACAGAAGUCCGUUUUUCUCGCGGCUGCUCUUACUCCUAUUGUGCAUCCCCCCCUCGCUCGCACAGGACGAGUACUCUGGUUACCACUCAGGUGAGCUGCCUGCACAUGCCUUGUUCGCACCAUUAGCCUUCUCGCCAAUACUGUUUGAUGUUUGCUAAUUAUCUACAUUUCUAGAGGUAAGGUAAUACAGUAGGCUGUGUCUUGAUUUUAUUUCAGUUGACCUAGAUUGAGGUUAAAAUGUAUAGACCUAUAUUCUCAUGUGACCACAAUUAAACAUUUUUGAAAAUUGUGUACAAACAUUACAUUGGUCUAUCUAUCUAAUAACGGACUAUUUUGUUUUGUAAACAGACUAUCAUUUUACUGGGGAGGUUUCAGGUUUGUUCAAUUAUUGUUUUGUGUCCUAUUAGGUGAUGAACACACCUAUGAGGGCUCCUUGGUCGACAACUAUGAGCAUUCAGGAUACCCACAUCCCAGGUAAUAACUACAACAUAGAAAAGUUCCUCCCAUCUGGUCAAAAGCCAGAGUUUGGUCUAAACCUUCAUAACCCCUCUAUGCCCCCUCCAAAUGGCUUAUAUGCAUCACCAAACCAUUUUUCAAGAAUAAUGUGAAAACCCUCUUAUUAUGGCUGAUAGGGGGCACUGUGUUGAAGCCACCAUGCCUCCAUCUUGGCACAAUAUUUUGGAAGCUACAUUCGUUUUUGCGACGUUUAUUAUAUUACAGACACUUUAAUGCAUACUUUUAAAAUUAUAUUAUGUGAGCUAAACAAAAGUACAAAAUGAAAAAAUAUAUUAAAAAAAUUUCUUUAAAAUAUAAUUAUUUUACAUUACUAAUGUUACUGUCCCCACUACAACACAAACAUAAUUUUGUCCUUGAAACUUUUAAUUGAAAUACUGUAGAAUUCCAUUCAUUCCUAUGGAGGACUGUUCCUACUGGUGAGUGCCAUUAUGGCCCACCUUUGGCUUCAAAGCCUCUCAAUAGCCAGUAGAUCGCAUCAGCAAUCCAGGGUUUAUACAUCAUUGGGUGGAAAUCGACUGAGGUAUGGUCAGAUGAUAAAGUAUUUGAAUACCCGCCUGGAACCAAAAUAUACACUAAGUGUACAAAACAUAAGGAACAACUUCCUAAUAUUGAGUGUGCACACCCUUUUGUCCUCAGAACAGCCUAAAUUCGUUGGGUCAUGGACUCUACAAGGUGUCAAAAGCGUUCCACAAGGAUGCUGGCCCAUGUUGACUCCAAUGCUUCCCACAGUUGUGUCAAGUUGGCGGGAUGUCCUUUGUGUGGUGGACCAUUCUUGAUACACACAGGAAACUGUUGAGCAUGAAAAACCCAGCAGCGUUGCAGUUCUUGACACAAACCGGUGCGCCUGGCAGCUACUACCAAACCCUGUUCAAAGGCACUUAAAUAUUUUGUCUUGCCCAUUCAGCCUCUGUAUAGCACACAUACACAAUCCAUGUCUCAAUUGUCUCCAGGCUUAAAAAUCAUUAUUUAACCGGUCUCCUCCCCUUCUACACUGAUUGAAGAGGAUUUAACAAGACAUCAAUAAGGGAUCAUAGCUUUCACCUGGUCAGUCUAUGUCAUGGAAAGAGCUGGUGUUCUUAAUGUUUUGUACACUCAGUGUAUAGUCAGAUACUAACUACUACUACAGUACAAACUCUAUAGUAUGUUUCUACCUUUGACAUGAACUAACCUGUAGAAUGCAAACAUUUCCCUCUCACUUGCCUCACUUAAACUGCUCCCCAUUCCUCGCUGGUAGAGGAAUACCCACCGGAGCCCACUCACAGCUAUGAGGAGCAGCAACCCUCAUCUGGAUAUGACCCCUAUGCACCAGCCCCCACCAGUGUGAGCAUGAUCACAGAGGACUCCUACCCCUACACCACCACUACACAGGUGAGGGGAAGUCAAGGGGGCAAAGUAUGUUAUGUGUAAUGGCAUGUCAUGUAACAUUGUGUUCUGUCAUGUAAUGUGAUAUCAUGUUAUAACUGCAGGUGCCAUACGAGCAGGAGCCCUACUACGAAGAGUCGCUCCAGGCCCCUGGUGGUGGGGAGGCUUCUCUGGGGGAGGAGGGGCCAACCGACUGUAACUGUGAGCCAGGAGAGCCAGGGUUCGCUGGGUUUGCAGGGCCCAAGGUAGGACGAAGGCUCUAACCUAACGCUCAACGCCAUGCAAAUGUCAUUUAGAACCUUAUAAACAGCAAACAUCCAUUUACUUUGCUGAUUAAUGCUGAUUAAAUGGCAUUUAUAUAGCGUUCACUAGGCCUUUAAGUGAUUUGUAUUGUAUGGGGGUAACUCACCCUAUCCACCACCAUCCUGUGGUAUCCUUCUGUUUUAUGGACUAAACAAAAUAUCUGUCUGUGUGUGUCUGUCUGUCUCUGUGUCGGUGUGUUUCUGUCUGUCCAUCCGUCCAUCUAGGGAGCCAGAGGACUGCAAGGUAAAGAUGGCUUCCCUGGGGCUCAAGGACGGGAGGUGAGUGUUAAUCGCUGUAUAAUCACUUCAUCAAAUUCAUAGUGCAUGCCAAAUUACACCCUCCAUUGUGCUUAAUUAAUGAAUCAUUGCACAUAUCCCUAUUGGAGGAAUGCUGUUGAUAUGGUUCCUGUGUUCAGGGGUACAAAGGAUUCAAAGGAGUUCUAGGAAGAGGCGGAGACACAGGGCCUGAGGUGAGGAAGUAAAACAUGUAAAAUAAAAGAGCUCACACAAAUACCCAAAGCAGCCUUAGACACUAUCCAACUCCCUAAGCGAGGCUUGAACCCAGGUUGCCCAAUCCCACAGCAAACACGCUUGCCACAACCUCAAGAGACAUACAGUAUCUGCCUGUAAUGUUUGUAACUCACAAAUUAUGGUGUCAACAUUACACUAUUGAAUUUGACUCAACAGCUGUAUUGACCUUUGUCAUCUCUACAGGGUGACUCUGGGCCUGAUGGGGAGGACGGUGCUUCUGGUUUCUCUGGAGCCCAGGUAAGUAAAAGGCCUCCAGAGAAUAUCACAGAUGUAAUGUAUGUCUUUCUUUCAUUGUUUUGGGCUGAUCUGUUUCUAUUCUCUGGUCUAAAUUCUGAGACAUGGCACAAGCAAUGUAACAUUUUUCUAUAUUGAUUAUGGACAGUAGAUGGCGAUCUCUUUAUUAUUCAGAACUGGAGAGUGGAACUGUUGUGUAGUUGAGGUUAGAGGCUGAGCUUCAACAACUAGGAUGGCCCUUUCUCUUUCUCAUUCUCUCCCUUGGUCUAUAUUUUAUUCCAUUAUUUCGCACCUUGUCUCUCAUUCUUACUCUCUUCCUACAGGGCUUGCCUGGUCUUCCUGGCGAUCCAGGUGAGACUGGGGUGCUAGGACUGAAGGUAAAGACCCUUCCUCAAAACCAGUCUGCCAUCCUACAAAAUAUGUAUCACAUCAAACAAAAUCACCCUCUACCUAAAAAGCCAUUAUAACCCCAUAUCAAAAACAGUGUGGCCCUUCACAAAAUCUAAUUUGAAUGUUCACUAAUAACAGGCCAAGCCACCAUAAUGUUUGUCUAAAGUUUAAACCUACAAGAAACAGCAUGACAUUACAUAAAACCUCUGUUGUACCACCGAUAACCAAUAUGACAUCAUAGGGAACCAGUAUGACAUCAAGGAAUUCCAAAAUGACAUCACUGAGUACCAGUGUGACAUUACAGAGAACCAGUAUUGCCGCGGUCAAGACAACUUGGAACUCAGAAACUCUUAAAAACUUGUAGAAAAAUGAGGCCCAAGUUUUCCACUUGGAAAAUAUCAGAAUUGACCAACAGGAAGCGCUACGCAAAAAAAGUACGUACAUUUGAACUCAGAGGUUCCGAGUUUCUGAGUUGUCUUGAAAGCACCACAGAUCACUAGUAUGACAUCACAGAGAACUGGUCUGACACCACAUAAUUCAGUAUUGAGGCCAAUCGAACUCGGCCAAAACAAUGGAAUUGCCAUGGAAACGUGUGGGGGAAAGGGCCGUGGAGGAAAGAUCCUGAAACUCCUCAUUGCCCGUAGCAAAAAUAGCCUACAUUUAGCCUAUUGUUUAUAUGUGAAUUACACACUAUGUUUAGGUAAAAAUCUGAGUAUACUGGUUGUAUGGAUUUCAACCCCAACACAUGUUCCUGUCAUCUUCACCAAUCGACUGCAGUACAGUUAAAAAUGACUUUGACUACCACCACCGAUUUAUGUAUGCUAGCUAUGCUAACCAGCUUAUAUACGAACGGGAGUUAGCAUUUAGCAUUCACUUCUUCUAAACCUGAAAAGGGACAACUUGUAAAUAUUAUGCAGCGAAAACCAAAUAUAUCCAAAUCGCAUUUAAGUAACCACAUUGUGACCCUGUUACGAAUAUCCACUUUGUUAAGUCAGAUUUGAUGAAUGUGUGCCAAUAUGGUCAAUGGAACGGUCUGCGUUUCAUUGACUCCUUUACCGCAUCCAUCAGGUAGACCCCAAAACCUGCAAAAAGGUAUGACAUUAUAAACCCCCACUGUACCACAGAGACAUCGCAGAGUACCAGCAUGACAUCAUAGAAUACCACUAUGCCAUCACAGAUAUCAGCUAAUUACACCCCAAAAAAUCUUAAUUGACAAUUUGAAGCUCUCUCUAUGCCUGACUGUGUUCCCUAUUCUCAACAGGGUGACAUCGGUAUGGAGGGGCCACGCGGAGGAGUGGGGGUUCCGGGUGAGACUGUGAGUAUUGACACAAUGCAGCUGUUAUGUUUUGUAUGUAACCAUAUUUGGUUUGAUAUCAGGGAUUUUAUUUCAAUUAAUCUCAAAGAAACAAAGAAACAAUCCAAAGGUUAUUAUUGUGUAAUUACCAUUGUACCAUGGAUUUUCUAAGGAAAUCCACUACCUGGUCAUUUCUGUAGCGUAAAAUAAAGUGCUUCCUCAAAUGAGUGUAAGGAAAUUUGAUACAAAAUCCCCAGCAUGUUUCUGUCUUAGUUCUUUGUCUUUUUUCUAGGGUCCAAUUGGUGAGGCAGGGCCUGGUGGUCUUGAUGGAACUGGAGGUAUCAAGGUAAACAUGGUGGCCACCACAACUCAACAUUGUCCACUCACAACAGUUGCCACCGCUCAGUGUUGCAACCACAACUCAGCACACUCUAUCUUCUCAACAUGUUCAAAUCAAUUAUUCACUCAGCUCCUUACACAGCUCUCACUAGAAGCAAUACUAAGACUUUAUGAUGUGAAAGCCUCUAAAAGGCUAUGUGAUGUGGUCAUUUCCAUUUAACAUAUAAACAACAUACAAAUGAUUGUAAUUUGUUCUGGCCAUGUUGAGACAUCUUUUUUUCCAACCUUUCUUCUCAGGGAUCAACUGGAGCAGAAGGGAAACAGGGUCCUGAGGGAGCAGAAGGGGAAAAGGUAGCGCCAUUCAACCUGGCUUUGUGACCAUUGUUAACUAAACCAUGGUUGAAUAACUAAUUAUUUAAAACAAAUCUUAUGAUUUUCCUGUCUAAAAUGUCUUCCAUCUCAUCCGUUCUCUUCCACAGGGUCAGAUUGGAGCACCUGGAUUCUCAGGGGACCAUGGGGAGAUGGGCUAUAAUGUAAGAUGGACGUCUGUCUAUCUGUCACACCAUUCAUCUCUCCAGUUGGACCUCUUGUUUGUCCUUCUCUACAAAGACUAUGCUAUUCCCUACAUGGAGGGAGACCAUUAAUUCUAACUUUCUUUUUCUUUCUGUGUUUUAUAGGGGUAUCCUGGAGAGCCAGGAGGCAGAGGAGAGACCGGUCACAAGGUAUGUUUAGGGGGACAUGAGUAGUGUUGUUUUCACAGAAAGUACUCUGGUUGCUUUCAAAAGUCAUUGGCCCUUACUCUUCACAGAAACGACUCUGAUUCCCCCAAGAUUUCUGUGUGUUUAUGGUUGUUUUCCCUAAACUGCAUACUGUUAUUUUCACUGAAGGUUUUGGUAUUGUUGAUUUUGUGAGUCAUGUGGCUGUUAGCACUUCCUCCACAUGGUAGAUUAGAUUGAUACUGUAGUAGCAAUGUCUCCCUUGCUCUCUUCUCUUCCACUUUCUGUUUUCUUUGUAUCUCUCUUUCCUCUCUCUCAGGGUGACCAAGGCCCAGGGGGCAUGCCAGGCAGUGACGGGGAGCCUGGAGAGGAUGUGAGUAACAGUAUGAUAACCACUAAAUUAGUAAUAAAUCGGUAAGGAAUCAGUUGAUGGGAUUUCUCCUAUCAAACCACAUUUACUGUUUAUUUUCCAGGGUCCACUUGGAGUUCCUGGGGUGAUCGGCUUUCCUGGAGAGUUUGGACAAAAGGUAAAGUGAAGGAGAAUUGCAUGCUGGGUAUCAAGAUGACAUCAUCACAAUGGCUGUAUAAUCCAAACAUGUCUAGUUGACCUCAUCUGCUGUUAUGACAUGGAUGUCAUUUGCUAUACUGUACAGUACAUUUAUUCAUAUCAAAUCAAAUGUUAUUUGUCACAUGCGCCGAAUGCAACAGGUGUCGACCUUACCGUGAAAUGCUUACUUACAAGCCCUUAACCAACAAUGUAGUUUUAAGAAAAUAAAACAUAUUUACUACAUAUACUAAAACUGGACAUGUACUUUUAAUACUUAAAUGAAUACUUUGUGAAUAAUGGCCAGUCUUCCCUCCUAGGGCGCGAAAGGGGAUCGUGGUGUGAGGGGACCUCCUGGGAGAGUAGGAGCUGGGGUAAGACAGGCUUUAUAACCACUGUGUGAGGUGCUCUAAUCUCAAUCACAUGGACACAGUAGACUAUAGAUCACAAUACAUACACUGUCACUUCCACAUUCCUCAGUAAAUUCCCCUCAGUGUUGUUGUUAAUCAGAUGUAAAUUCCAUGUUGCUUGAGGGUUUUGUGUGGGUGGACAGACACCCAUGUGAUAUUGUUGACAGUCAAAACAAGAAAGGUAACAGAUCUAUUAGUAAAGUCCCUGAAAAGGUUUCAGUGUCAGGUAAAAACACAGAUGGUCAUGCUGGUUUUUGUUAAAAACCCCAGCAUAACUGUCAGAGAUGUUAUGGCAAGAGUACCGUGUAUCUUGUUAUAAGUUUAAAAUUAAGAAUGAUCUGUCAUUGGAAUUUAAAUUCCUCUUUAAAUAAGGUUCUUAUUCUAAAGUGUGUGUGUAUUUGUAGCAGUUUACCUAUGUGUAUUUCAUAUUAUAGGGGCCUCAAGGAUAUAGAGGAGAUGCAGGAGUUCCAGGGAAACCAGGACCUAAAGGCCUGCAGGCCCAGCCUGUGUGUAUAUGUCAUUACUCAAACAUUGUCAUUAUCACUACAAUUAUCAUCAUUGACUUUUGAUGAUUAUGCAAUUGUUGAUUUAAUGCUUUGUUUCUAGGGAGCCAAGGGGGAGACAGGACCCGAUGGUGAGAAGGUAACCUUUUGUUUACGUUCCCCAUCAGACUGCUAAAUUACCAGUCAAUUUCUCACAGUUAAUCAAGCGCACACACACACACACACACACACACACACACACACACACACACACACACACACACACACACACACACACACACACACACACACACACACACACACACACACACACACACACACACACACACACAUACACACAUACACACACACACACACACACACACACACACACCAGUAAGUGAAAGUGGAUGUGUAUUGGUCAUCUGCUGUUUAUGUUUGGGUCUUUCCUUUGUGACUGAUAAGCUGUAAUAAGCAGUCCUAUCAUUGCCAUGGCAUCUUACUGACUCAUCUAAUGUGCUGAUUGUUCCUUCCUCAGGGUGGGGUUGGAAGAACUGGAGUGAAGGGAGGGAAAGGAGACAAGGUAAUCAUGUGACAAUGGCGAGGCGACGUCACUCUCUCAUCUGUCUACUUCCUGUUUCCAUUGAUGUAGUGGGACUGUUUUUCUUCUUACCAAAAAUGUUUCUGUUCCUCUUUCCAAACAGGGAAGUUUUGGAGCACGUGGUGACAAAGGACAGGUUUGUAUCCUCCAUUCUGUGAAAGUAUGAGUUUUUUUCACCCUAACUCAUUCUAUGUCACAUAAAAACCACAAUACUGACACCAUAGGUUGUUCCUAGAUGACAGCAGACACAACAGUACAUACUGUACAGACUUUUUGUGUUCAGUGACUGAACAGUGUCCCCCCUCUCUCUGUCUCCCUCCUUCCCCUCAUCUCUGAAUGGCAGCAAGGGGAGAGAGGUACCAUCGGCCCUGAUGGCAUUGUUGGACGAAAUGGACCCCCCGGCAUUCCAGGCUCCAGAGGAGAGCCAGGUCCAGGCGGUGACCUGGGCGUCAAAGGUGGCUCUGGACCUAAAGGAGUGCCAGGUGCCCCUGUGCGUAUCAGGAGCCAACCCCAGUCUAUCUGGAGGAAGGGUCUCCCCCUUAUUUUACAUGAACACAUAUCUAGCAAAAACGUUUACUGACUGAUUGUUUGAUUCCUUCCAUCUGGAUCCAGUGCCUAUUUUACCUCAGUAGAACGGAGGAAGAGGAAUGAAGAGCGGGAAAAUAAACACUAUAUCCUUCUGUUGACAGACAGGGAGACUGAAGGACUGUUGGUGGUUUUGAUAGGUUUACCUGCUGUUGACAGACAGGGAGACUGACAGACAGUUGGUGGUUUUGAUAGGUUUACUUGCUGUUUCAUUUUGAGUUUAGACCAGUGUCAUUUUAUGACCGUUUGACUACCUGAGUUUUUGCUGUAGGCUAUGUGACGAAGCAACACUCAGUAAGCCUGUCCUCAUGCUGAGGUCUGUGUCUGUGGCCAGCACUGAUGUAACAGAUCCCUGUAACUGGACGGACAGACACAGACAGACAGACACUAUUAUUAAUGUUGUUGUGUACCUCUCUGUGUCCUGCCUGCGUCCUUCACUGGCUGACCUGACUGCUCAAUACCGUCUACAUUACAUCAUAGAUUACAGUCAGGAUGUCUAUAUGAUGAAAACACGACCGCUUUUAUUCAGGUCAAGAAACAAGCCUGAAGAUUUGGGGGUUGGCUACUUUUGUAAUAGUGUUUAGUUGAUUGAUACAAUAAUAUACUAAAUAUUUGUAUGCGUAACUUCUUCUAUUUAGGCUAGAUGGUUAAGGUAUGUUAUUGUCUGUUACUAGUUGGGGGGCCAGUAUGAAAAAAAUAAUUAAAAAAUGUAUGCACUAACUGUAAGUCGCUCUGGAUAAGAGCGUCUGCUAAAUGACUAAAAUGUAAAUGUAAAAUGAUUGAUCGAUUGAUUACUUGCUUGGUUGAUUGAUUGCCAGCUUUUUGACCUCAGGGCCCUGGGCUGACAGAUGAGCAGGUAUUGCAGCUAUGUAAAGGAGUGGUGACAGCCCAGAUCUCCCAGUAUGCUGCUUCCAUCCGGGCCAAGUGUUCCCAAGGAUGCCCCAUCAACAACCGCACACUCAUUGGGCCGCCCGGAACCAGGGGACCAACUGGAGAAUCAGGCAAACCCGUGAGUCACACAGCCCCCAAACCAACCCCUAUCUACUAAGGAAGGCCUUUAGUCCAAACGAUAAUAAGGUCUGUUAACCUCUCUCUCUCUCUCAGGGUAAAGCGGGCAAAGCUGGAGCCAAAGGAGCCAGGGGCAUCCAAGGGGACACAGGAAUGGAUGGUCAGAAGGGGGCAGAGGGUGAAAGAGGUAUGUACUCCAAUAGACUUAGUUCAACCAAACUUGAUUACUGGUAAACAAAACCUUGAUCACUAAGGCUCAUUUCAAGUGAAAAUGAGUGGAGCUCCUUUGUAGUGGCAUAGCUUCAGAGUUCACCCACAAGCUCUGUUUUACUCCACAGGUACAAAAGGUCUGAAAGGAAAGGGGGGUGAGCCUGGUAAAGGUCUGCCAGGACACGAUGGGCAUCAAGGCCUCAGAGGUAGGACACUGUUUACACUGGUGUGAAACUCUCAGGUCUACCUCAAAAUUGAUUGUCUUAGAAUUGUUGGAAAGUAUAUGUAACUCACUUCCAGAUUCACUUGAAAAGGGAUUGUGUGGUUUUUAUUCAACAUUUAUGUUAGCAGGAAGUCUUCUUUUUCAAGAGAACUGUUAAGAUGCCACCUCCAAUUGUUAAUUUCUUUCCCCCACAGGGCUGCCAGGCCACCCAGCAGAGCCAAAGAAAGGUAUGGCAGGUCCCAGAGGGCCCCGUGGUUUCACAGGCGCUUUGGGCCAGCCUGGCAUGGCGGGCAACGCAGGAGUGCCCGGCUUCUGUGAGGCACGGGACUGCAGCAUUCACGCGCCUGUGAUGCGCAAGGAGCAGGGCCUGGUGAAGGGACCCCACAAUCUAAGCCCCAAGAUCUAACCCCAAGAAGGAGCUUCAGAAAGGGGUGAAGGAAUGGUCCACGAUGAGGAGUCAUAUUGGACAGUUGCGCCAUGGCAACGUUGGGGUUAAUUCCAUUCACAUCUUAGCCAAACCAGGAAUUGAAGUUGACAUUGAGUUUUGAACUGGGAAAUGACCAAUGUGUACAGCAUUGAUCUUUUUGAAUUUCUGCACAGAGAAAUGAACCCAACCUUGACUGCAUUCCAUCUGAGCCAAGCAACGCUCCCAAUUAACUCUAAUGUUUAGGCAUAAUUGAUAACUUUUUCGCUAGGCCAAAAAUACAUUAUUAAUUUUUUAUGCAGAAACAAAAAAGAAAAUUGUCUUCCCCCAAGCAAACCAUAAGUAAAGGGGCUUGAAAAACUG